AUGUCCAAACAAUCUGAUUGUUGGUCGACUGAACAACUUCUCAACGCUUUGACACAAACCGAUAAAACCAAACGUCCUACCAACAGGCCCGCCAAGAAACGUUGUCAAUUCAAAGUCGUCUACAACAUCCCCGUCGUCGGUAAUCCACCAGCAGGAGGCCAAGGUCCGGAAGUGAAUCCGAAUAUCAAACCUCAAAUGACUGCGAACCCCACUCAAUGUCCUAGUGCCGCUGUGAGAAUAGCGGGUGAAUGUCCACAUUGUUUACGGGUUUUCUGCAGUGCGCAUCGAACUCCAGAAGCACAUAAGUGCACGGAAAUGCAAGCAUGCAGAGAACAAGCCUUCGAAGCCAACAAGGAGAGGUUACGGAAUGAGAGUGUGGUGGCUGCCAAGAUUGCGCAAGCAUAA